AUGAUUGUUAGUGAUGAAAUUCAAACUCAAAAAAAUGAAAAAUUAAUGAUACCAUAUAAACCAUUAUAUGGUUUACCAAGUAAAUGUAAAGGACAAUCGGAUUAUCAAACGAUUGCCGAAAAUUAUCAAACAUGUCAAAUGAAUGCUAUUAAUAAAUGGAAAAUAGAGAUACAACAUUAUUACACUGAAAGUUUAAAAUUUUGUUGUUUCGUAUAUGGUGUUUUGGAAUGUGAAACAAAAGUAUUGUCUGAAUGUGAUCAAGAUUAUUCUGAUCGUAAUGAUAAAGAAACAAGACGAUUGUUUGAUAAAUCAUGUCAACCAAUCAUAGCAAACAAUUCAUGUGGUUAUGAAGCUAAAAUCGAUAGUGAAAAUAAAGAUCUUACAUGGUUAUGGAUAGUAUUAGGAAUCGGAAGUUUAAUAUCAGCUAUAGCUGCAGGUGUAGGAUGUUAUUUUUAUAAUAAUAAUAAAAAGAAAAAUAAUUUAGCAAUUAUACCAAAAAAUGAAACAAAAAAAUUACAAAAAAUCCAUAGAAAAGAUUCGGUUUCGGAAAAAGGAUUGGAUAUUUUGGAUAAAAAAUCUACUACCGAUAGCGUAUCUACGAUUAGUAGUAAAAGUAGCGGAUCACGAUCAUCUGGUGUGAAAACAAAAAAGAAAAAUAUUUUUGGACAAAAAUUUGGAAAAAAUAAAGGUGAAAAAGAGAAAAAACUUGAUAGAAAAAAAACAAUUGCUCGUGGACAAUAUGAAAAUAUUCAAAACGAUGAAUUACAAUCAGAUCAAAUAUCAACAGUGCAAGGAAAGUAUAGAAAAUUAUCUGAAGAUGAUCAAAUUGUUGAUGGAUUGUUGUUGGACGAUGAAAAGAAUAAACAAACGAAAUUGUUACAAGAUAUAGUCGAAACAAAACCGAUAACAGAUACUACAACUAGUAUUGAUGAUCAAAAGAAUAGAAAACUUUCGACAAGAAAAUCGUUCAAAGAUAAAAAACCAGAAAAUUUAUUAAGCUUAGUAGAUGAUAAGAAAUCUGGAACGAAAACAGUAGAAGAUCGAAUGUCUGAAAUUUCAACAAAUGUUUCGAUCAAAGAUGAAAAGAUAGAAACACCUACAGCCAGCAACGUGGUUGAUGGCGAACAACAAUUUAUAUCGAAACCAGUUGAAGAUCAAACGACCACCGGAAUUUUGAAAAGAAUUUCAUCCGAUAAAAAAACGGAAAAAACAUCAGUUAAAGAUGGAAUGUCCGAAAUUCAAACAAAUGUUUCGAUCAAAGAUGAAAAGAUAGAAACACCACCAGCCAGCAACGUAGUAGGUGGCGAACAACAAUUUGAAUCGAAACCAGUAGAAGAUCAAACGACCACCGGAAUUUUGAAAAGAAUAUCAUCCGAUAAAAAAACGGAAAAAACAUCGGUAAAAGAUCAAAUUUCAGAAAUUCCAACAGAUGAUUCGGUUAGUAAAGAAAAGCCAUUAAAUCAAAUUGAAAUCAUCGAAGAUGAACAAAAAAUUGAAUUGAAACAAGAAAAGAAAACUGAUGGAAUUUUGAAAAAAAUUUCAUCCGAUGAUAAAAUACAGCAAACAACAACAACAACAACAACAACCAACAUUGAAGACAAACAACAUGUUGAAUCGAAACCACCACCAUCACCAGAAGAAGAAGAACAAGCAAUUUUAGCAAAACAAUUAAGAAGAGAAAAAAAAAGAAAAGAAAUCGAAGAAAUGUUUUUAAAACGAAAAGUCAAUAUAGAUGGUGGAGGAGUUGAAAAUGAAGGAUUUACACCAAUACAUUUAACCGAUUCAGAUAUGGAAACAUUACUUGAAUCGGAUUCAGAUGAUGAAAAAGUACCGGUUUUUAUUUCCGAUGAUGAUAAAGAUAAAAAACCAUUACAAAGUAUAUUGAAAAAUGCAAAAUCCGAACAACAACAAGAUCAAAUACAAACAGAAAGUUUACAAUCAAAAGCAACAAAACAAGUUACGUUUGAUCCAGAAUUGGAAGAAAAAGCACUUGAAGAUUUGAAAACAUAUAUUGAAGAAUUGAGUGAAUAUGUUCAUGAGAAAAAAUAUGAAAAUGCUAAAAAAGCAGUUGAAUUAAAAAAAAAAUAUAAUGAUAUAAAACGAAUUGAAAACGAAUUGGAUGUUAAUGAUUUGGAUGAUGAAACAAAAAAACAAAUAAAAAAUAUAAAAUUAGAAAUACAAGAACAAUUAGAUACAUUAGAAUAUCGUAAACAUGAAGUCAACAGAAUAGGUGAAUCAAUAAAAAGAAAAAAACAAUCAUUUAAACUAAUGGCAGAAGAAAAAGAAGAAUAUUUUUCAUCAUUGAAACAAAAUGAUGACCAAACAUCUCCGCCACCACCGAUUGUUGGUAUGAAUGUUCAACAUGAAAAGUCUAAUGAUCAAAUUAUGAUACCAUAUAAAUCAGUAUAUGGUGUACCAAAAAAGCCUGAAAUUUCAACUGAAGAUCAAGCCAGCAAACGUCAAGAGAAAAAAUCUGUAUCGAAGUCAUUAAAAGAUAGCUUGAUAGAAGAGCAAAAAACAACCGAAUUGGAACCGGAAAAACCAAAUUCAAAAAUUCAAAAAAAUUCGUUUGAAGAAGAUACGCCGCCAGUCAGCGUUGUGAACAUGAAACAGCAAUCGAACCAGCAAAAGACAGCAAGCGACAAUCUGAUAGACGAACAAAUUUCUCAAAAAGAUGAUGAUUUAGAAUUUGAAUUAGAAUGGAUAAAAUUUCAACCAGAAUUAAAAAGACAAGAAGAAGAAUUNAGAAAAAAAUCAAAUCACAAAUCGAAGCAAAGUCGAAAAAUGAUCCAAGUUUCUGGGAUGAUUUCAAUGAAAAUCCAGAAAAAUAUUAUAAACAACCAACCGGUGUGGUAA